CCAAACUCCAAACUCCAAACAAAAGCCACCGCUUCCACCUUCGACUUGCAUCUCAUCAAAACGAUACCGUAUUGCUCACAAGCCGAUGCCUUGCUCUUCCUUCACUUCCACUACCACCACCGGCAAUAGCAGCAACAUGAAGAAGAAAGAUGGUUCUUCUCUCCGUGAAUUCAAGCUGAACGAAUCAACCUUCUUAGCUUCGCUCAUGCCUAAGAAAGAGAUUGGCGUGGAUCGCUUCCUUGAUGCUCAUCCCAAAUACGACGGUCGUGGCGCUCUCAUCGCUAUCUUCGAUUCUGGUGUAGACCCAGCAGCUGAUGGAUUACAGGUUACCUCAGAUGGGAAACCAAAAGUUCUCGAUGUCAUUGAUUGCACAGGGAGUGGUGAUAUUGAUACCUCAAAGGUGGUGAAGGCCGAUUCUGAUGGUCGUAUUUGUGGGGCAUCAGGGACAUUAUUGGUUAUCAAUACUUCAUGGAAAAAUCCUUCUGGUGAAUGGCAUGUGGGUUAUAAAUUAGUUUAUGAGCUAUUCACAGAAGAUGUGAUUUCUCGUUUGAAGAAAGAAAGAAAGAAAAAGUGGGAUGAGAAAAACCAGGAGGAAAUUGUUAGGGCUGUAAAACAACUUGCUGACUUUGAUCAGAAACACAUCAAGGUAGAGGAUGUAAAACUUAAAAUGGCUCGAGAAGAUCUCCAGAAUAGACAUGAUAUUCUAAGAAGGCAAUCUGAGAGCUAUGAUGAUAAAGGACCUGCCAUAGAUGCUGUUGUCUAGCAUGAUGGAGAGGUUUGGAGGGUUGCCCUUGACACACAGAGUCUAGAGGAUGAUCCAAAUUGCAGGAAGCUUGCUAAUUUUAUGCCUUUAACUAAUUAUAGACUGUUCUGGACAUGGCACCCACGUUGCUGGUAUAGCUACUGCUUUCCAUCCAAAGGAGCCCUUAUUGAAUGGAAUUGCACCUGGUGCACAAAUAAUAUCUUGUAAAAUUGGGGAUUCUCGCCUAGGUUCAAUGGAAACAGGAACUGGUUUGAUUCGGGCACUGAUAGCAGCUGUGGAGUUCCUUCAAACUUUUCUUCUUUUUCCUCCUCUUUAGCUGAUUAUCCUGGAUAUUCUGACAAGUGAAAUAUGAUUUGUCUUCUAUUUGUGUGUUUGAUUAACGAAGUUUUUUUUAGGAUUUUAAUGAUGGGCAUGCAACAAUAUAGAACGUAAUACGGGUGUCAUGUCGGUGUCGGACACUGACACGGACGCGUAUCGGACACCAGACACGACAAGAGACUGGAGUGUCCGUGCUUCAUAGUGCAACAUUUCUUUUUCAGCAUAAGAGUGACCUUAUCAACAUGAGUUAUGGUGAAGCAACAUUACUGCCAGACUAUGGAAGCUUUGUUGAUCUUGUGAAUGGGGUGGUGAACAAGCAUCGUCUGAUAUUUGUGAGCAGUGCUG